UGUUGAUGUUUUCCUUUGUUCGCUGUUUUGAGAAUUUCGUCGAGACAGAUAUAAAACCGUCGUGUGCUGUUUUCGUGAAGGUUAUUAUUCGAAAUUCAAUAUCUCGGGACGAGUCUGUAGAGGAUUUCCUUAAAUAAAUCUGUUAUCGUAUACCGUCUUGUCAGGUAAAAGAUAGUGAAGUCCAGUUAACAAUGAAAUUCCCGUGGUCACAUUCGACGUUGGUCGAAGUGCUGAAGAAUGAGUCCAAGCUGCAUCAUAAGUGCGAUAAACUUUGCGAAGAGAUCUCCAGCAAAAAGUUGGACAUCUCCGAGUUCGUUGAGGAACUGGGCCCUGCUCUAACCCAUGAAGACUCCAGCAUCCGAAUGAAGGCCACCCAGCUGCUUUCUGAGGUUUUGAAAAACCUUCCCACCGAUUUGUUAACCGAAAAGCAGCUGGAAUUCCUCACGGCAUUUUACUGUGAUCGAGUGAAAGAUCACCACUCGGUGAUCCCGGCCAUUCUGGACGGCGUCCUGGCACUGGCCGGAAUGAAAAGCUUCCCCAACGGAUCGGGCAGUAAACUGGCCAGCGCUCUGUUCCUGAACAUUCCCUGCCAGAGUCAAGCGAAAGAUGAGCGCGCCAAAUAUUUCCGCUUCCUCAGCGUCCUGGCGGAACACAACCAGGACGAGUUGAAGGCCAUGGGAGCGGAUUUUGUGUACGGGGUCAUUGGGGCAAUCGAUGGGGAGCGUGACCCAAGGAAUCUUAUCUUCCUCUUCGAGUACAUGCCGACGUUUUUGCGCCAAUAUCCACUGCUGCACCUGGGAGAGGAAAUGUUCGAAAUCUUUGCCUGUUACUUCCCGAUCGAUUUCCAUCCGAACCAGAGCGACCCCGAGGCCAUCACCCGGGAUUUGCUGGCGGGAAAGCUGGAACAGUGCCUGUGUGGGGCGAAGGAAUUCGCCGAGUACUGUGUCCCGUUGUUGUUGGAAAAGCUGGAAAGUGAGCUGAUUGUGGCCAAGUUGGAUUCCCUGCGAUUGCUGAUCAAAUGUACACAAGCGUUCGACUUGCCAAGCAUGAGCAAACACCUGGACGAUAUCUGGAAUGCACUGAAACUAGAGCUCAUGCCCGGCGGUGGCAACAAGGAAAUAUUCGACCUGGCGCUGGAAGCAACGACCCAAAUCGUCAAGUUCACCCAACAGGAUCAUCAAGUGGCUGAUCACUUCCUGACCACCAUAUUCAUGACCGUUAUGGGCAGCAUCGCGGACGUGGCAUCGAAAAUGUUCGAAAACGGUAUCAAAGUGGCGCUGGCCUGUGCGAAAGCGACCCCUGAGUCAGCGCACUUCGUGGCCAAUAAAUUGCUACCAAUGACCUUAUCUCAGCUGAAUGGCGAAACGAUAACGGAACAGGAGAAACUGUCGCUGAUUGACGUGCUGAGUCGGACUUUGUUGGUUUGUAAGGGGCAUGGUAUCUUGAAGGAGAUGGAGCAGCAGCUGGUUGGGGCAGUUCAGAAGCAGUUCAUCCAGAUACUGGUUCAGGAGAGCGAUGCAAGCGAACUGAAGAAGAUUGCUUUGUCUUGUAUCACGCGAAUACCGGAGGCCGUGGUGGAUGAGAAUCGCUUUGUCGUCUACACGACCAUCAUCCAUGUGCUGCUAUCUUCCAGCGACGAAAGGUUGAACGUAGAGGAUUGCUUGCAUGAGUUCGCGGUUCAGUACGGAACUGAGGUGGGGAACGUCAUUGUCGAUAAAUUGGUAGCCAAGAAGUAUGAAGUGGUCACUUCAUCGACAGAACGAGUUUUCCACGCUUUGGCCAAGUUGAUUCCGAUUGAAUGCAUGAGGGCAAAGAUCUUGAAGUUUUUCUUGGGCCUUGUAUUUGAGGAGUGCGAUCACGAAUCCCUCACCAUUUUGGCCCUUCAGACAUUGCAACUGGUCCUGGAAACUCCAGAUGGAACAUCUGUAGCGAUCGAACUAUGCGAUCAGUACAAAUUCAUCGAACAAUGUGUGACCUUGGUGCACAAAGAAGGAGUACAACAUUCGUCUGAUUUGCUGUUUGCCCUGUCCAACACCAUGAAAGACACGAUGAAGCAACUGUCCGCAGAAAAGCAGAAAACCAUCGUCACCGAGCAGUUACCAUCGAUGGACCUCACCAAAGCCAACGACCUCUAUCUGACCUCCGGAAUACUUGGCUAUCUAGACGAAUCCAUCUCGGUCGAAGAUCACUUCGAGAACCUCGUGGACAAUCUAACCAAACUAGCGAUGAACAACGAAGACGAGCAUGUGAAACUCCUGAGCCAGCAGUUGCUCUGCAGCCUGUUCAAUCGGAUGCCCGACGACGAUCACCAUCGGAACAUCCUUCUCAAGCUGCUGAAAAUGCUUCGCAGCGAACUGAAGAGCCACAACAAAAAAGUGGUCGGUAUCUUGUCAUGGAUUGGAAAAGGCCUACUCGCCCGUGGCCACCCCGAAGCCGGUGAGAUAGUGGACGACAUAGCCGAACUGCUGGAUCAUCCCACUUUGGGUCACACAGCUGCCCUGGCGUUCGAAAUCCUGUCCGUGGAGUUCCCCCAGCUGCAUCUACCUCUGAUCAAGAACCUGUUCAAGCAGAAACUAUUCAUGCUGGUGAUGAAAAAGUUGGAACAGUCGGCCGGAAAGUAUGCCGAGAACCACCUCAAAGCUCUGCUGUAUGUGUACAAACCCACGCCGCAUCUGGUGCUGAAAAUGAACAUUAAGAAGGUUGGACCAAUGCUGCUCAAGUGUUUGCAGCUAACCGAUGACAAAGCUCUUGAAAUGGCGUUGGAGAUAACGUUGCGGUUCAUAAAAGAACAGGAUACAUUCUUCCAAGACCACCUGCAGACGCUUAUUCCCCAGCUGCUGAAACUUUCAGUGUACAAAUCUUCUAUGAAAGUACGGAUAGACGCCUUGGAGUGCCUACUGUAUGCAACCAAAAACCCUCCGUUCCUGUUGCUGCCAUUCAAGCAAGAUGUCGUACUAGGCUUGCAAGCUUCGUUGGAUGACCACAAGCGUCUGGUCAGAUGCGCUGCCGUUGCGGCUCGUCUUCAGUGGUUCGUCGUGGCAAGUGGGGACAACAGCAGUUCCACUGAAUAGUGAAAUGCAUUUCGUAUAUGUUUUAAAGACAAUAAAACGUAAGCUUUUGUAAAGAUUUCAAUUUACUCUGUAUAUCAGACAAACAAAUAAAAUGUUACAACUAUAAUUAAUUAAA